AUGUCGAAAACAGUAAAUGAGAAAGAUGUUCCUGCCGAAGUUUCACAUACUAAUCUUCUCGAUUAUUCUCAUUCAAUCAUAUGGCGAAUAUUACAUGGUACUUCUUUCUUAUUUGGUGGCCUUCUCUUUAUCUGCGGCUCUUGCAUGUAUUUCACCGACGUUAUCGCAAACAAUGAUCAUGCGUUGGAAGCUAGUGGAUGGCUCUACACAAUUGAGGACACUCCUCGCCGUACUACUUAUGAUCCUGAACUCGAACCGGUGUCAUCCCAUCGAGGCAGAAACAUUGCCAUUAAUGUCAACUAUUUUACUUCAAACAUUGGUUCUGCUCUUUACUUAGUAGGAUCGGUGUUCUUUUUACCGAAGUUUGCAGAUUCGAUCCUGGUGGGUGAUGGACUAUUCACUGCUGGUUCAGCAGUUAUCUAUCUGUCAGAAGGAUGGAAAAUUGUCCGAUUAGCUUGUACAAGUGCUGAGAAUACCAAUGAUAUGUCGUUUCGCUUUCAAAAUAUCCGCACGAAUCUUCAAGCCAUUUUUGUCUGCUUUUUCGCCGGUCUUGGUGGGGUUUUCUAUUUCGUUGGCACCAUUCUCUUUUUACCACAAUAUGUUACCUCUAACUCUGACGAAGACCGAGCCGCAGGACUGUUCUUAGUUGACGGAGUCUUUUUCACUCUCGCCGGCUUGUUAUUACAAUACCGCUAUUAUUGCAGACGUCGUACAUGA